AUGCCUUCGUGGUUAGAGAAGAUGAAAAAGCAGUACUACAUGCUGGUAUCAGAAACGGACCAGACUGCGAGGCCACUCUACUGGAGAAUCGUGGAUGCUUCAGACCGAAGUGUUGUACCGGAUAUCUUACACGAGGAAGAUUUUUUGGAAUUGAACGCGAUGUUUUCAUCCGCCCUCAAUCUUGGCAAUCAAGAAAGUAAUUGGACGGUACUUGAUCCUCCAGCUGAGAGAUGCCUCCAGUCUCUCUCUAACUUGAAUAGCAACCAAUUGUGUGAAGUCGCCAAAAUCGUGAAACCCGAGGGCACCCGCGGAGCUAUAUUAAGGCUUCAAAAGAUAUCUGACAACAUUAAAGAGGAAGCUUUCGAACCUGGGUUGUUCGGUGACGAUAAUGUGGAUGACAACACACCCUGUCCCUGCCCAGUUCAAGAGACAGAUUAUAUGAAUCCGGAUGUACAAUAUAUUUUAGAUUUGCUUCGUUUCACAUUCGAAAUGCUAGAAAAAGGAAUCCCGCAGCGGAAAAAUUCCGAGCGAGACAUUGACGUCUUCAUAAAAACACAUAUAUUCUCGUGUUUCGACGGCGUUCUUGACAGACACUUUGGCGACAUGGUUUCACGAGCUUCACGGCGUCGCCGAGUGGAAGCAGUCGAUGCACCAAAUAAAGCAGAAGGCUUCCAUGUGGACUGGUUAUUCACGAAACAUGACCUCGCAAAAGACGUGCCGUGGGGUCACGAAUUCUCGCUUUGUGAACGUGCUGGUUCGAAAGUUGAAAAUGAUAAGAAAGUCGAUUUACAUACCCUCCGAGUUCAGAAGACCCUUCGAGAUAUGCACAGUGCUCUAUUCGAAGCUAUCGCGACGGCAGGAGGCGGAGCACUUUCAAGAUCAGUCCUACAUGCUUGCACGAAGCUGCUCAUGCCGGGAUUCAUAUCGUCCUGGUUUUUCAUUCGUGUCAUGCUCGUUAUUUACGUCGGGGCUGGAUUCUAUUCGUCAACUAAGCUUGCAGAUUCCCAAUAUGGAUUUAGGAUGAUAAUUAUGGAAUACGUUGAAGGCCGCCCACUUUCAUCAUUGCAACCUCCCGAAAUCAUGAACAUGUCAAGGAAAGAUCGCAAUAAUAUCUACAACGAUGUCUUACAAGCGAUUACCGUACUGCACAAGACAAACACAGUAUUCGGAGAUCUCCGAACCCCGAACAUUUUGCUGGUUGAAACCUCGUCCGGGGUGCCGUCAGAGUCAACAAUUAGUGCAAUACUCGUUGACUUUGAAUGGUGCGGGAUUGAUCAAAAAGGAAGAUACCCUCUGUCCAUGAGCAGAACUGUACCCUGGCCCUCUGGUGCAGAGCCUGGCGCACUCCUCAGAACAGACCAUGAUAACUACUGGCUUGGAUAUUUGAAGCGCCAGCUUAAUGUACAGCCAAGAUGA